AUGGCCAGAAUCAAGCUGUCUUUGCUGUUUGCUGGCAUUGUGCUUGCCAUCAUCUUAAUGCCAGUAGCUGAGUUUUCUGAAGAGAAGCCAUUAGCCCUGAAGAAGCUGACACGCAAUAAGAGGAAUGCUGUUGCUUACUACAGACAAUUACCGGAAUUUUGGGCCUGGUAUAAGUACUACAUGGACACCCACAACCAGGAGGGGAUUGAGAGUUUGGACCAGCUCUAUUUGAUCUACCUGCAGCAUAAACACAGGGUUGAGGGGGACAAUUCCCACGGACAUUACCUCACCCACCUGAGUGAGGUCUACAAGGCCUGUGCUAAGUCAGAUGACCCUGAUUGUAUUCCAGAAUAUACCAGUAAGCCCACAGCUAAGGUUGUUAUGCCUGCUGCCUUGAAGCAAGCUACAGUGAAUGUGUGUAACCCAUAUCUUGAUCCGUACUGUAUCUUUCGUGUUGGUCCUCAAACAGCUUCUGAGGUGCCUCCUCCUGCUCCUCUUUCAGUUAAAUCUCCCAGUCCCAUUCUGUACCCCUCGCCAAUAAAAACUCCAUCUGGAUACGAUUUCUAUGCCCCAGCAAUGAAACCCUUUCUUUCAAAUGAACAGAGAGCUGAGCUGCUCCGGAUCUGCAGCCCAUCUGAUACAGAGUGCUUGCAGUAUCACUUGCGUGCUGCUUAUGGUUAUAGGCCUGCUCUUACCCCAGUGCCUUCCUAUGCUUACCUGGGAUGUGACCCCUCUAAAGAUCCUUACUGCAGGCCCACAUUGAUAGCCAAUACUCCAUCAGGUCUGCAUCAUAUAUACCCUCAUUGCAACCCUGCUGUUGACCCUCUCUGUGUCAGUAAUAUAGCACCAGCUGGCCAAAGUGCAGAGGAGGCUCCUAAGGAGCAGUACUGCAACCCACUGUUUGAAAAGGGGUGCAACCCACUCUCUGCUAAUAGGCUAGUCACAGUUAAGGCUCCUGUGCUGCAGUAUGUGCCACAAGGUGAGCUGACACCCCUUCACCUAUCUGCCCUCAUGAAACCAGUACUGAUUAGCCCACAAGCCCCUCCGGCUUCCCUAGAAGCAGCCAAGAAUGUGCAGGAUGGCAUCAUCUUGCCACAUCCUGACUGUGAUCCUGAGAUUGACUACAAUUGCCGUUUGCGUCGUGCAGAACCCAAAAACAACAAAAAGACACCCGAGGAACCUAAGGACGAGCUGGAAAGUGGUGAUGACGCCAGCAACGCCAAUGUAGCACCACAGUACCCGGUCCCACGAUUCGAGGAUUUCCUGAGGGGAUACCUGGGUCACUAUAAGAAAUAAGAGGACAUACCAUUAUCUGAAAAGCUUUAAACACUCAACCAAGUUGUAGUUUUUCAAAAGGAACUCACAAAAAUGUUAAUGUGUUCGGCUCAAG